AUCCAGACUCGUAAUAAGUAGAAGGGCAUUAUAGUAACUUGGACGGGCAUAAUUAAUUGACAUUCGUGAAGUAGAAGGGCAUUAUAAUAACGUGGAAGACGAGCCCGAAGAUACCCUUGCUGGUGCGAUGCGGGGAGAGUCCUCUCCCGUCCCCAGAAGAAGAAGCAGUUAUAAGAGUAAAUUAGGAGAACGGAGGCUGGGUGAGCUGGCUAAGCUAUGGACGAUAAGCAAACUGGAUGAUCAUACCCCGAGUGCGCACGUGUCAGGCUCGCCCUGGGAGCCACGGACCGAAGUGGAAAGUCUUUCAAAAAUUACGUUUCUCAUAUGGAUGAGGCAGUUUGCGUGCACAUAUUGACGAGGUCAAAACCGAAAUGAGACACAUCUGAACGUCUCACUAGAAGGAGCUAGUUUGGCAAAUAGGCCACUGCCUAUCGAUUCCCCGGAAAUAAUCAUCCGUGCGCGCGGGCUUACCGAUGCCCUCUGGCACUAUGGAGCUCGCCGCUUUCGUGGAAACCUUCAAGACUUCGGCUCUUGGCUUCUGCCUGCCUUUUGAAGCACGCCAACAGCGCGGUCAGCAGACUCUGACGGCGUGGCACAUGCAUUUAUAUAGAACAGAAACAGAUAGAUAUGAACAAAGUGGAAGAAAUAUUUUGAUAUUUCACUCUUGAAGGGUCUAACACAAUACGGCUUUAUCGGUUAUGCGGCAGUAACGUGGCUCGGUGAGUUGUACAGCCGCUUGCACAGUAAAUCAUUUAUUAGGUGGCAGUAAAUCUUUUGUUAGGCGCUUGUACAGUAAAUCAUUUCUUAGGUUAGUAUACAGCCGCUUGCACAGUAAAUCAUUUGUUCCCUUGAAUGAUAAGUGACAGUGUCCUUCUUCAAAGGCAGAUUGAGG